AUCCGUCAAGCAAACACUCAGUGGCUAGUGGGAAGGUGCGAGUCUCGAUACGGCUAGGCUGCUCGGUAGCACACGUCCCUGCAUCGCCCAGUGCGGCUUCCUAUCAUCACAUCCCUUUCCAUCAACUUCCGGUUACGGCCACGCCCAUGUCCUCGUGCUUCAGCGUUGAAUUUGACUGAUGAUUCUACUUCUGUACUUUCAGCUCCAAUUGUCUGCUUGACCAUGGCGCUCUCGGCUUUCUUUGGUAGUUCACGCGGCGUGUUUUCCACCGCCAUCCUUCUAAGAGCUAUCUUCCUGGUGUACGGGCUUUUCCAAGACACAUAUUCGCCCAUGAAAUACACGGACAUUGAUUACUUUGUCUUCACCGAUGCAGCACGCUUCAUCGCCCAAGGCCAGUCCCCUUAUCAUCGCGAUACCUACAGAUACACCCCACUGCUCGCGUGGCUUAUAUACCCCACGACCUGGCCGGGCUUCUGGUUCUCAUUCGGGAAAAUUCUGUUCGCAGUAGGCGACAUCAUCACUGGAUGGAUGAUGUUCCGUAUCCUGCGCGCUUACCACAACAUGUCCCAAGAAAGAGCAUUGAGAUAUGCCAGCAUAUGGCUUCUAAAUCCUAUGGUUGCCACCAUCAGUACACGUGGUAGUUCCGAAGGUCUUCUUGGUGUCUUCGUGACUGCUCUCCUUUGGGCUGUGCUGGCGAAGCGCAUUGCACUUUCUGGCUUUCUCCUCGGCUUUGCAGUUCAUUUCAAGAUAUACCCAUUUAUAUAUGGUGCAUCUAUCAUUUGGUGGCUGGACAACGACCGGAUCCACGGGCGGAAAUCCAGCACGUCGCCCGAACCUGUCUCCUUUACAAAUCAGACGAUCUCUUUUCUGAACCCACAAAGGCUGGCUUUGACUGCGUGCAGCCUCGUUACAUUCAUGGGCCUCAAUGUGGUCAUGUAUCUCGCAUACGGCUGGCCUUUCCUUGAUCACAGCUACUUCUACCACCUGAUCAGGAUUGAUCAUCGCCACAACUUUUCGCCAUACAAUACCUUGCUUUAUCUUAACUCUUCUCCAAAAACCGAUGUAAACACCAGUACUCAACCAUCACUAGAGCUUGAACGCCUAGCGUUUCUGCCACAACUCCUGUUAAGUGCAGUGUUGAUUCCCUUGUUUCUGAGCAAGAAAGACCUACCUUCGACUAUGCUCGCCCAAACGUUCGCAUUUGUGGCCUUCAACAAAGUGUGCACAAGCCAGUACUUCCUCUGGUAUAUGAUGUUCCUGCCCUAUUAUCUUCCCGAGUCGACGUUACUGCGGACUCGCUCAGUGGGUGUAUCGGCGCUCAUUCUCUGGGUGCUCGGCCAGGUAUUCUGGCUGCAACAGGGUUUCCAACUCGAGUUCAACGGUCACUCGACCUUCGUACCCGGGUUGUGGGCUUCUGGCAUUCUGUUCUUUGUCGUCAAUACUGGAAUAUUGGGCAUAAUCAUUCGCGAUGUCCAGUCGAAAGAUGCGCUCACAGGAGAGCGAAACGCGGUGAUUGAUAAGAAGAAGGCGUAGGCGGGCGCAGCCACGGGCUUCAAUGACGAUCGCGACAAAGCAUCGACCAACCACGCUUGUCUUACCUGCAGAUGCCAAUCUGUGCAGGAGAUUGACCUUUGUCCGGA